AUGCGCCCAAUAGUAGACUUCUCGCGCUCACCUAUGCGAUCACUAUCCACGUACCUGCACCGGAUAAUUUCACCCUUGACCGGAAAGACCACGUCUCAUGUUCGCAACGCGGAUGACUUCGUCGGACUAACAUCAAACCUGCGACUGGAGAACGACGAGUGCCUGGUAUCGUUUGAUGUGGUGUCUCUGUUCACCAGCAUACCGAUGCAACUGGCAGUCGCCGUGACCCGGGACGCCCUAGAACGCGACAGUGAUCUGAACGAGAGAACUCCAUUGAGUGUGGACGAAAUUUGUCGAAUCCUGGAACUCUGCCUAUCAAAUACGCAUUUUUCCUUUAAAGGCGAAUACUACAGGCAGACAAGAGGAGCACCAAUGGGAGCCUCAAUCUCCGUGACCGUGGCCAACAUCACCAUGGAAAACAUCGAAGAGAGAGCACUGAGCACGUUUGCGCAGAAACCAAAAGUGUUCCUCAGAGAAAGUGUUGAUGCGCACCUCUUCCGCAGUUUCCCGGAUAGUCACACGACGGUCCCGCAUCACCACAGCGUUCACUUCGGCAAUGGCCUGGUCAUCUCGGCAUGUUGA